UCAAAGUUGCAUUAUUCCAUUAUUUUUUGUUUCAAAAGACCUGGGAAGUGGGAACUGAAAAGAAAAGCGAAAACGCCGGAAAAUCCUCAGUCUUUUUUAAACGGAUUGAGGGAAAGGGCAUGUGAAUCUUUUUCCCUGCCAAGAACCCUAACGAACCAAUCAAUGGAGCAAUCGAGAAUGGAGAAGAAGCUCAAGAGCAUCAACGACCUCCAUCCUCUCGAGCUGUUACGAGCAAUCUUCUGAGGAUCCCCAUCAAACAUCUUGCGUGCCUCAGGUGCAUUUCGAAGCAAUGGAACACUCUCAUUUCCGAUCCCCAUUUUGCAAAAUCCCAUCUUGAUCACUCUCUCGCACCCUCCCAUACAUGCCUCUUCCUCCAAGACAAUUCUCACGCUUGCUCCGUUGAACUCGAUGCACUGCUUCAAGAUGAUAAUGAUAGCGUUGAUACAAGAGCGAUCUCUCUCCCUUUCAUGAAGAAGCCACCACCUGUUUCCAUCUUCUUGGUUCUUGCAGAGGGUUCGUACUCUUACGAUGCAAACCACAGUUUCUUAUCCUAUGGAACCCGCUCACUGGUUCCAGCAAAAGAAUCUCAUACUCUUAUAUGGAUAAUGCCGCAACAAGCAAUGUUGAGGUCACAAGAUGUGCUUCUAUAUGGCUCUGGUUACGAUGCGUCACAAGAUGACUAUGUAGUAGUUGUAGCAUAUGAGGGUAAAGACGGCGUAAACCAUUUUGAUUUGUGUUGUUUGAGAAGCAAUUCAUGGAUUAAUCUCGAUGCUGAACUCCCCAAAUCAUUGGAUUGGUCUGACUUGAAACCUAAUGGGUUGUUCUGUAACGCUAUUCACUGGUCUACUUAUGAGUUCUUGAAUGACAUUCUUAUCUUUGAUCUGAAGGAAAGAAGUUUCUCCAAGAUAGAAGUGGUGGCAAUAGGAAGAGUCCUGUUUAGACCCGGUUUUGUCCUGGUAGGAGGGUGCCUAGCCUUGUAUUUAUAUGAAGAGAAUACAACUGAGAUAUGGGUGAUAAAAGAAUACAAAGUGCAGUCGUCUUGGACCCUCUAUGAAAUUCCUCUCAAAUACUUUAAGCCUCUGUGCUUAUCUGCUAAUGGGGAUAUUAUUGGAAGAUGUUCAGAUGAUGAAAUAGUGUUCUACAAUGUCAGUGGAGUGCUGCUCAAACAUUCUCGGUAUCUUUAUGGUGAGCUUUCCAACCGCAUAAAAUUUGUUGUGCAUGCGAACAGUCUCACGGCGGUCUCUAGCAGCAUCAAGGAUAAGAAGAUGAAAAAGGGCUGUCAGAAUAAAAAAGAGGUCAAACAAGGGAAUGGAAACAGGGGUAAACAAGGGAACAACUUGGACACUUGAUUCUGUUGUAAAUAAAAUGUAGCAUUGGCAAGUUGAGCAGGAAAAAAGCUUCUCAAAACUCUUGUUCUUCCAAUACUAUUACCUCUUUAAAUGGUUCUAAAAGGCUUACAUAACUAAUUGCCUUUCCUUCUAUGCAUUGAUGAUUGAUGGAAGCAAUGUAACAGGUUGUGCAAUGUAUACACAGAAUAUCACACUUUAGUGUGAGAUUUAACAUGUGAACUCCACAUUGAAAAUUGUGGAUUUAUCAGUUUAUCAAUUCACUUUUCUGAAUGAUUUUCUAUUUGCCAAGAGUGAGAUGUAUUGGCACCAUUAAGUUCCAUUUUCUGCAUAUAAGUACAUAAAUAUAACCCAUCUUGACGAUAAGUCAAGCAAAAGUGGAUUGUUAUUCAGGGUUCAGUUUUCUGGUAGGAAAGUUAAGCAUGUUAUUUGGGGGGGAUUAAGAGCUGAUA